AUGCGCCACGGCCUUCGCUCGCUGGCCAUCGCCGCGGGCGCGAUCGCCGGCGCGUCGGGCGGCCUCGUCUCGCGGCCGCACGCCUUCUCCGCCUCCGCGCCGGCCGCCAUCUCGCGGCGCGCCAGCAGCGUGCACGCUUCGGUCGCGAUCUCCAAGCCGCCGCUGCCAGAGGUGGUCGAGCGGGCGCCGGCGACGCACCCAGCGUUCGAGCUGGUCCGCGUCGAGAUGGUGGAUGAGUACACCAUCAAGGUCGCCACCUACCGCCACCGCCAGUCGGGCGCCGAGGUCAUCUCGGCGCAGGCGGACGACGAGAACAAGGUGUUUGGCAUCGCGUUCCGCACGCCGGUGGAGGACUCGACGGGGGUGCCGCACAUCCUCGAGCACUCCGUCCUCUGCGGCAGCGCAAAGUACACCUCCAAGGAGCCCUUCACCGAGCUGCUCAAGGGUUCGCUCCAGACCUUCCUCAACGCGUUCACCUACCCCGACCGCACAUGCUACCCGGUCGCCUCGUGCAACACAAAGGACUUUUACAACCUGGUCAACGUCUACCUCGACGCGGUGCUCUCGCCGCGCGCCAAGCGCGACCCCACCGUCUUUGCGCAGGAGGGGUGGCACUACGAGCUCGACGCGGCCGAGGAGCCGCUCACGUACAAAGGCGCCGUCUUCCGCGGGAGAUGCGUGGUCUUCAACGAGAUGAAGGGCGUCUACUCGUCGCCAGACUCGCUGCUCUACCGCGCCGCGCAGCAGGCCACCUUCCCCGACAACACGCACGCCACGGACUCCGAGACACCUCCGUACUACCACCCCUCCAACUCGCGCAUCUUCUGUGAACGGCGUCUCUUCACACCUCCAGCUGUGAACAGGUACUACCACCCCUCCAACUCGCGCAUCUUCUGUGAACGGCGUCUCUUCACACCUCCAGCUGUGAACAGGUACUACCACCCCUCCAACUCGCGCAUCUUCUGUGAACGGCGUCUCUUCACACCUCCAGCUGUGAACAGGUACUACCACCCCUCCAACUCGCGCAUCUUCUUCUACGGCGACGACCCGCUCGAGGCGCGGCGCGGCCGAGCCACGCCCGCAGCGUCGAGGAUCGAGACGCAGGCGAAGUUCGCCACGCCGCGCCGCGUGGUCGAGCGUUUCCCCGCCUCGGCCGACGAGGCGGCGCCGGGGGCGCCGUCGCACAUGGUCAUGCUUAACUGGCUGCUCAACGAGAAGCCCCUGUCGCCGGUCGACGAGCUCGCGCUGACGGUGCUCGAUGAGCUGCUGAUGGGCACUGUGCUCGAUGAGCUGCUGAUGGGCACACGCACCGCCACGCUGCGAUGGCCGAGAGCGGGCUUGGCGACCUUCUCCGUCGGCCUCAAGGGGGUCGCCAAGGAAGACGUGCCAAAGGUAGAGGCGCUCGCCCUCGAGACGCUCGCCGCCGCCGCCAAGGACGGCUUCGAGGCGGACGCGGUCGAGGCCGCCGUCAAGCCGCUCGCGCGUCCGGCGAGAGAGAGACAUGCGGCCGUCAACACGCUCGAGUUCCAGCUGCGCGAGAUGAACACGGGCGGCUUCCCCAAGGGGCUCGCCUUCAUGCUCUCGAUGCUGCCGCGCUGGAUCUACCGCGACGACGAGGGCGCCAACGGCGCGAACGUCGCCGACGCGCUGCGCUUCGAGGCGCCGCUGGCCGAGCUCAAGACGAAGUUGGCCAGCGGCGAGAAGGUAUUCGAGCCGCUGCUCGCUUCACUGCUCGUCGACAACGGCCACCUCGCGACCAUCGAGAUGGUGCCGGACGCGUCGCUGGCCGAGGAGCGUGCACAGCGUCUCUUCACGCCUCCGGCUGAGUGGGCGGCCAAGGAGCGGUCCCGGCUGGAGGCGGCCAAGGCGGCGAUGGGCGAGGAGGAGCUGGCCGACGUGAUCCGCUCUACCGCCGACCUGAAGCGCGCGCAGCUAGCAGAGGACAGCGCCGAGGACCUCGCCACCAUCCCGCGGGUCAAGGAGGUGCCCACCGACGUGUCGGCGCUCUCGGGCGGCGUGCCGCUGCUCACCCACCCGCUGCCUUGCGCCGGCGUGGUGUACGCCGACGUGCUGCUCGACCUGGAGCGGCUGCCCGCGGGCACUUCGGAGCUGGAUGCCACCGCACUGCAGCGGCGGAUCGGAGCGCGCACUGGAGGCAUCGACGUUGGCACCAAGCUGGAGCAGCCCGUCGGCGACAGUGGGGCCGUCGGUGCGCCGGACGGCGUGGUGCACAAGCUCGUGGUCCGGGGCAAGGCCGUGCGCGACCGGCUGCCGGACAUGCUCGAGCUGGUGCAUUCGAUGCUAACGGACGCCAACCUCGAUGCGCAGCCGAAGGCGGUCGAGCUGCUCAAAGAGUCAAAGUCGCGGCUGGAGGCUGCCUUCCUGUCGAGCGGCAACUCCUUCGCCGGCAUGCGGCUCUCCUCGCGCAACACUGCGGUCGGGUACGCCACCGAGCUGACGAGCGGCGUCAGCUACUACGAGGCGAUCAAGGAGAUGCUAACCACGGCGCAGGACGACUGGCCGUCCCUCCUCGCGCGGCUGGAGCGGCUCCGCGGGACCAUCAACGCGCGCGACGGCCUCAUGAUCAACCUCACCUCCGACCCCGACGCCAUCGACGGCGCCAAGCCGCAGCUGGACGCCUUUGUCGGCCGCAUGCCCGCCGCGCCAGCCGCGGACGCGCACGGCGAGGACGCAUCCAAGUGGUCGAGGCUGCCGCUGGCGCCGCGCGAGGACGAGGCCUACGCCAUCGUCUCGCAGCGCCGCCUCUUCGAGCCAGGCGAGAUUGCCGAUUUUGGCGCCGCGUCGGUCGCUUCGCGCGCGCUGUCGCUCGGCUACUUGUGGGACAAUGUCCGUGUGGCGGGCGGCGCAUACGGCGGCGGUUGCGCGCUCAAUCCGACGUCGGGCGGCUUUGCAUUCUCUUCGUACCGCGACCCAAACUUGCAGGCCACGCUUGACAUCUACGCCGCCGCCGCCGACGCACUCAGCGAGUCGGACAUCUCCGCAGAGGCACUCGAGCAGGCGAUUGUCGGCAUGGUCGGUGACCUCGACAAGCCGCUCACGCCCGACCAAAAGGGGCAGCGCGCGCUCAACUGGCACCUCACCGGCGUCACCACAGCGAUGCGGCAGCAGUUCCGCGACCAGGUGCUCGGAUGCUCGCCCGAGGCCUUCCGCGCGUUUGCAGAGCGGCUGCGCAAGGCCAAGCUGAGCGUGUCGGUGUUUGGCUCUGAGGAGGCGCUGGCGGCGGCCAACGCGAAGCGCGAGACGCCGCUGCCUGUCAAGAAGAUCGUCUGA